GGCAGCGUGUGAUAGAUGUACUUCUCCUCUAGCCCUCACUAUCAGACUAGUGGCUCUCUGCCAUUGGUUCAGUGCAAUGGACCGGCAAUAGUGUACUCUAUAAUACUAUGCCUGCCUGAGCCACAGAGAGCAUCAGAAUUCCUUUAGCAGGAGAUGCUUGCAACGGAACUACAGGACUUGAAUGAAGCAGCUCUAGCCUGAGCUGAAUCAGGGAGACUGGGUGUUUGCUCUGUUGCUGAUUAUAGCCGUGGACUGAAAAAGAAAAUCUACACAAGCUAUGUAUGGCUAAGCAACUGCUGCCUAUUGAUGGCCAGUGUUGGAGGAAGUAAGCAGAGUUUUAUAUCUAAUAAUGAAGAAAUACUUGAUUCAUGACUGUAUGAGUAAAUAUUCCACUGGAAGAAGGGGAAAGAUGCACUUCUUUUUCUAACUGGUUGUAUGCUCUACCUCGCUUGGGACAUUAGCUUGUUUUUUUUCUCAGUUUUUUCUGGUUGAACUGUGUGCACUCUGUGCAUGGAAGCUGCCGGUCCCAUAUGGCUUGUUACUAUAUUGUCAUCAGCUCCACGCACCUCAGCAAUGGUCACUUUCGAAACAUCAAGGGAGUUUUCAGAGGCCCUCUCAGCAAGAAUGAAAACAAAAACCUGGAUUAUGCAGACAAGGAAAAGACAAUCGCAAAAGCUCUUGAAGACCUGAGAGCCAACUUCUACUGUGAACUCUGUGACAAGCAAUAUUACAAGCACCAGGAGUUUGAUAACCACAUCAACUCAUAUGAUCAUGCACACAAGCAGAGAUUAAAGGAGCUGAAGCACAGAGAGUUUGCUCGGAAUGUAGCCUCAAAAUCAAGAAAAGAUGAAAGGAAACAGGAAAAAGCUUUAAAACGUUUACAUGAACUGGCAGAACAACGCAAAGAAGUCCGAUGUGCUUCUGGAAGUGGUCCAAUGUUUAGGUCAACAACUGUUGCCAUUGACGAUGCCUCCAAGGAAGCACCAACACAUGUUGAUAAUAAAAGAGAAGGAAUCGAACCUACUGUGACAUAUGCGACACACACGGUAAAGGACUUGCAGGUAGUGCUCCCUGGCCACCAUGGACAGAUUGAGAGACCUUUUGACAGCAAAGUAAAAAAACAAAUCUAUGGACAAAAAAUUGGGUUUUCCUUUUCAUUUCCAAAGAAAGCAUCUGUCAAACUAGAGUCUUCAGCAGCAGUGUUCUGUGAGAACACAGAGGAACGAUCAACGGCACUGAGAUUUAGACAGAAACACAGAGCCAUCCCAGGUGACUGUAGUCAUCCAGGUACUCCUCUAACAGAAAGGGAACUCAAUUCUGAAGAUAGACAUUGCAACACUGGCACCCAGCAGGAAAGCGUUAUCAACAAAUGUAUAGCUCCAAAUGCGCAGCUACAAGGAUCAUGUUAUGUGCCUGUAAAAGAAAACAACACAGGUGCAGAUACAAGUUUGUUCGCAGUGCUGGCUUACUCUGAGGAUCCAAGCCAGUCUUUUUCUGACUUGCCUACAUCAGCAAAAGAGACUGUGAUAGACAUAGAAAACUCUGAACUUCAUGACAGUGAAGCAAGAGAAAUCCAAACUGAAACAAAUGUCCAUGUUAGAGAAGAGUCCAAAAUGGAUGUAAUCAUUCCAGAAGAAGAUAUAUCUCCUGCAGGAAAUAGCCCACAACCUGCUGAUGAUGGAAGGAUUUUUCUGGAGGUAGAUUCCUCCAAAAUCAUUGAAAAAUAUACUGAUGCAACAAAUAAGAAUCUAUGCACAUUCACAAAGCCAAGUAAGCCUUUUGUUCCAGUCUUGGGCAAAGAUGGAUCAACAGUACUUCAGUGGCCUUCAGAGCUGCUGAUGUUUACAAAAACAGAGAAAUCUCUAUCCUACAGCUGUAAUCCCCUCUAUUUUGACUUUAAAUCAUCAAGGAAUAAAAUAAAAUGUAAUGCAAAUGAAGUGCAUGUUCUUCAGGCUGCAGCUGAAGAACCUCAGAGAACCGGUAAUGCUUAUUUCAGCACAUAUGUUGUUCAUGAAGAAGAAGCAUCCUACUGUGAUAUUGAGUCUACAAAUGGCCUCAGUCACAGUCCUAUACAAAAAAAUACUGCUUUUACCAGAGACAAUCUGAACCUUCAGGAGCUAACUGAGCAGUCAUUGCUUACAUUAAAAGAUAAUGAUGAGGCAAACGACAGACUCAUAAAUGCAGCUGACAGGUCUGCAAAACUAAAAAAGCACAAAAAAUUGAGAAAACAUUCAAAAGGUUGGACUAAUGUAGGUAGAAAAGAGCAGGAGAAAAACAGAGACUGUGGUCACAGACAUGACUGCAGAAGCAGAAAACAAAGAAGGAAAAGAAAGGCAUCCAAAAAUCAUGAUGAUGAAACUCAGAAAGAAGCCAUUGAAAAUGGGACAGAUUCUAAGGACUUUCUGAAACAGACAAAAUAUAUAGAUGGGUGUGUUGACAAAUUUGGAGUGGACACAGCUGAACAAACUCAAUCAUCAGAAGAGUCAAAGCAAUCAAAUCAAGAACAAAAUGACAGCAACAACAGCAAAGCAAAGAACAUAGCAAGAAGGCAGCCAAGAACAGCAGGUAUCUUAAACAGCACAGCGGAGGCUGCAACAUUUCUUAAUAAAAAUAGCUCUGAUUAUGAAGUGGUACUCAGGAGCAGUGAAAGAAAUCUAUAUAAUCAAUCAACAGAACAAAUGAACACAACAGGACACUGCUCCUUGUACUGUGACAUGCCUUACUCUCAGAACACAUGCAUUACAGAUAGAAGGUCAAUCUCAGAUCAUAAGAUAUCAGAAUGUUUUAGUGAUGAGAAAUACUUGUACCAAAGUCAGUUAUUAAAAAGAAAGCAUGGAUCUCAAAAUGAACAAGAGGUAUCCUUUCCUAAACGCAGUGCAAACUGUCCUUCAUCAGGAAAUGAUUCCUGUGGGCUCAAAAGAUCAAUAAAGUGGUGGAAACGUGAGAGCUCUCCACAUUCAGGCUGUAAGCCAAGUAAAAAGAGGAAAAGAAGGAGAAAGACUUACAUAGGAAAUCAGGGGUUUGUCAUCAACUGGAAAAUGAAUAAUAAAGAUGCAUUUAAGCCUAGUCUCGGUGUAGAUUUAUCUGCAGAGACUCCCAAACAUGACAACAGAUUAGCAAAUGGGGGGUCCGAACAUCCUGGUGAAGUCGUUGACAUAAUGAAUAGUCUAGAAAAUGAAAAUCAUUUGGUACAUCAAGCACCCACUCAGAGCUUUCUGUUACGAGCACAGGAGCAUCCAGUUACAGGGUUUUUAGAUUGGACAAGUAACACAAAACCAGAUAAGGGUUUUUUACAUCCACGGUUUAGUCUGACUGAAAGUGCCACCGUUUCAACUGAAGAUGUGCCUCAGAGAAAGAUUCAUCAAACUGAAAGCUGGAAUUUUGCAGAAGUUAAUAAAACAACUCAGGUGCAUCAGACUGCAAAGGCAAACUUACAAACCGGGAAAGACACUGCAACAUCCCAAAUUACAACUCAUUGUUGUCGAUUUGAAGUCAAACAAGCAGAAGAACAUGAUACUGUAAACAUAGGACCCAGCAAUUUAUCUCAGUACAACCCAAACGCUGAGUAUCACAGAAAUCUAGAUCACUUCACGGUUCAAGACACAAAAGUAAGAAGCCAAGAAGGUUUGAGGUCAGGGCAUUUUAUUGGGUCUUUCUCUGCAUCUCAAGGAGCCUUGUUAGCCCCAGAUGAGAUUGAUAAAUGUAAAACACAUAAGCACAUGUUGCAUCAGCAGGCAUUUUCAAGCAAGCUUAAACCAGCCUUGUCUGCACCACCCCUUUCUGUGCCAUCCCCUGCCACUCUGCAUCCUCUACAAAUGCAACAGCCGAUGUCAUCAACCUCCAUCACAAUCCAGCACACCAUCCUUCAACACCAUGCUGCUGCAAUUGCGGCUACAUGUUCCUUCCUUCAGCCACACCCUCAGCUCUAUCCACAGGCCUUCCCAUUUUCCCGACCACCCCUGCCUCAAAUGACUCUAGCUCCAGGAAUGUGUCCAGAAAACUACUCCAGCUUUAUUCCCACUUCUCAACUACCAAUGGUGGGACCCACAACUCUUCAUCCAGGACCUUUCACCUUUCAUGCAUUACCACAUACAACAAUGUUUCCACCAUUGUUUCCAUCACAUCCAACUGUCUUUCCAAUGCAAUCUUUGUUUUAAAUAUUGCUUUAUAUGAUUUUAACAGACCAUUGAUUCAAUGUAAACACGUAUUUAUUUAUUUAUUUAUUUAUUUGAUUGUUUAUUUGUUGUUGUGUUUAAUCUUUUCUGUCUAAAUGUAUAUAGUUUUUGUGUUUCUUUAAUAAAACCCAGCUAUAUUUUCUGUGUGAUUCUUAAAACAUCAAUUUUAAAAUGUCUGCAAUUUGAUUUUAGUCCAGUAUUUGAUAACUUGUCAAGCAGUUCUAGUGAGAAACAAUUUCUCCUUUAAUUUAUAUGUUCUGCAAACCUUUGUUCAAUAGAUAUUUACACUUAUGUAACACUAUUGGAUGGACUGGGUAAACCUUUUUAAUUCAGCAGUGAGCGCUAUUUACAAAACUUUAACUAGUUCUUUAUUUAAAGAAGGAUUUUUGAUUAAUUAAAUAAAAUUGAGUAUUCAUUACAUGUUUCUUGAUGUAGUUUGUUAUACAUCUAAACCUUAAGUAAAGAUUUGUUCUGUGUGGGUUCUUUGGAUGUUAAAACGAGGCAGAUGGAUGUAAUGUUCUGUACAAUGAUUGUAUAGAAUGAUUGUAAUGAUGUAAUACGAAGACAUGUACAUGUUGUACAUUUAAUGUGUUUCUAUACUACCUGUAAUAUUUACUGUAAAAUAUGUUCCUUUGUUUUUAUUGUGUAUGUUACCUUGUAUGUAUGGAAUAUUUAGAUAAAAUAAGUACAUUAUGUUUUUUAU